CUUCACACAUUCUACUGGCGUGAGUGUAUUUCCGAUAUAACCAUUAGUUACAUUCUCUGGCAUUCAUUCACACGCAUAUUUUUGCACAACAUCUUAAUAAGGGGAUAAAUUGAAAAUGUCCGAUCCUGCCAACCAAGGAGAACCCCAGAAUCAGAAUGGCGAAGCCGAUUCCAGUUCCAAACUACCACCAAGCUAUGGAGUAGACGCCUCGGGACAACCUGCCACGGGUCAACCCAUGGUACCCGGCCAACAGAUGAUGGUACCCGGUCAACCAAUGGGCGCCCCUGGUCAACCGAUGAUGGUACCAGGUCAGCAAAUGAUGGCACCCGGCCAACCCAUGGGCCAACCAAUGAUGGCACCCGGCCAACCAAUGGGUGCACCAGGGCAGUACGCUUACUACCCCAGCGCACCCGGUCAGAUACCUAUGGUGGUGGGACAGCAACCCGGUAUGCCACAGGCGGUGCAGCUGAUGCCAGCACCACAGGCUAUUCCUGGGUGUCCACCUGGUCUGGAGUACAUGGUUCAGUUGGAUCAGCUCCUGGUUCACCAGCAGAUUGAAUUAGCAGAAAUGGUCACAAAUAUCAACUUUGAGAACAAAUAUAUGAUAAAGAACUCCAUGGGCCAACAGGUUUAUUUUGCAAGAGAACAGUCUGACGCGUGUAUGCGAAUCUGUUGUGGACCAGCCCGAGGUUUCGAGAUGUCCAUAACAGACAACAUGGGACAGGAGGUGAUUCACAUCUCUCGAAUCUUCAAAUGCUGUGCUGGAUGCUGUUGGUGUGCUGCAAAUGGCAACUUUUGCUCCUUCUUCAUUGAAGUUCAGAGCCCGCCAGGAACUAUUAUUGGAUACAUCAGACAAACACGGAGUUUUGCGUCGCCCCACUUCGACGUGCAGGACGCUGACAACCAGACGCAACUCAAGAUCCGUGGUCACUGGUGUCGAUGCCAAACUAUCUGUUGUACAUCAGAUAUCGAAUUCAAGAUAUUCACAAAUGACCUGAAGACCCAAGUCGGUAAGGUUUCAAAGCAGUGGGGUGGCUGGCUCAGGGAGAGCUAUACACAAGCAGACAACUUUGGAGUUGAAUUUCCCACUGAUCUAGAUGUGAAAACAAAAGCACUACUUCUGGCCAGUACAUUCUUGAUCGACUUUAUGUUUUUCGAGAACAAGCAGCAGAACAAACAAAACUACUGAAGUCGAUGAACCCUUCGUGAC